AUGACUGAAACUACUAAGCCCACUGAACCUGUUGCUACUGAGACUCCUGUUGAAAACACCCAAACAGCAGCAGCAGCAGACACUACCACUAAUACGGAUACUGCUCCCAAGGAAAGCACCACCACUAGUGAAGCACAAAAGGAAGAGGCGGCACCUGCUCCACCUGCCAAGGAUAACGAUAAGCCCGCUGCAGAAUCAGAUGCACCAGCAGCAUCAUCUCGUUCUCCCGCUCCCACGCCAACUCGAUCCAACACAACCAAGCGUUUGUCUAUGGUAUGGAACAAGGCCAAGAAGCAAUUCUCUGACAAAAAGGAAGACAAGAAACCUGCUCAAUCCACUGAAUCACCUGCUGAGCAAGAAGAAGAACAACCUGCUACUACUGAAGAACAAGCCCGCCCAUCCACUGAUGCCCCUGUGCCGCCACCCAAGGAUGAAACACCUCAGGUGCCAUCUUCUCCCAGCAAUGACAAGAGUGAGAAGCGUCGAUCUCGUUUCCUGAAUGGUUUAUUUGCUCGUGCCAAGAGCCCUGUCAAGGAGGAUGAUACACCCGCUGCUGCACCUGCUACUACUGAACAAGAAGCAUCUGCUAGCAAAGACACCACUGAAGCUGCUCCCAAAGAAGAAGCCAAAAAGGAACAAGAACAACCUGCUGCUGCUGCUGCUGAGACUUCUGCUGCCGAGGCAUCGGAAACCACUCCCACCCCAAAGCAAGAUCAAAAUGUCAUGGAUCACAUUAAGCCUUUUGUGAACAAGUUUUUCAAAAAGAAGGAACAACAGCAACAACCCGCUACUUCAACGGAUGCAGAGGAAGCUGCUACUCCUGAUGAAGCUGCUGCUCAGGAACAACAACAACCAGCAACCACUACCGCCGACAACGAAGCUGCACCUGCUGCUGCACCUGCUGCUGCUGCAUCUACGGAAAACAACGAACAACCUGCUAAAGAACAAAAGUCUUCAUCUUCACCUUUGGGUCGUCGUUUGACCAAGAUCCUUCGUAGUUUCCCAAAGAAGGAAAAGAAGGCUGUUGAACAGGAACCCACCACCAAUGCUGCUGCUGCUGCCUCUACAUCGAACGAUGAACAACAACAACAUGCUGCCAAGGAGGAACAAAAGGAGGAACCCAAGGAGGAAUCUACUGCUGCUGCUGAUACUGCUGCUGCCAAGAAGCAAGAGGCUGUGCCCGAAGCAUCGCCCGCCACUGUUCAAGCUACUGCUUAA